CAUCACAGAGUGAGUUAUGGCGGACGGAGUACUCGCCGAGUCAUUUCAGAGGCGAAGGCGCAGAGAACGACAGCGGCAAGUGUAAUCAUUCCUCCUGUGUCUCCCUUCCGGAUCAAAGAAUAACAGCAGCGUUUCUUGAUGAGGGUGUUUCUUUCGCACUAUCGAGUCGGCAUCACAUGAUGGGGUGGUUCCAAUGGUACGGGCUACCGCCACCACCACCGUCACCAUCAUCACCACCACCAGCAACAGUAUGAUGAAGUCGUGGAGACCAGCCGCUCCCCAUCUACAGCGCAAGCAGCAGGGCGGCCACCGCCUCGAAGUUCUCCCGCACUCGAACAAUGGCGAAAAUUUUCUCUCAGGAGCCCAUUUUCCUGAUUCUGCAUUACCAAUCCACACACCGGCCGCACAGGGCCCUCAGUAUCUAGUAUCCAUUACUGAGCUUCCUACCGCUGCCGCUGCUGCCGCUACUGUUAGCACUACGACUGCGCGGCUUUCAACUUCCCUGCUGCACUCGUACAUGGGCGAUGGCUCCGAGUGUCAAGCAUGUUAGACCCAGAGCGGUACCCUGUGCGGGUCGUCCGACGGGGCCUCCGUUCAGGAGGUGUGUUUCGGAGGAGGCUCGCUACCGCCGCCACUGACAACAUGAGUUCCUUCUGCCCGGAAUGAGUUGUACGGAGUGUGUGCUGGUGGAGCCAGAUAUCCAAAGCGCAGAGGAGUUUGAGUGUUGUUCGGCCUCGUGUGGGGUCCAACGUGAUACCAUCACGGUACGGCUUGGAAUUAAACUGGGAUGGGGACGAGGGAGUCCUGUUGAGCGUGGAGGCGAUGAUGGGGAUGAUGCCUGUGUCUUCCUCCAGAGGUGAGCGAAAUGACGAUUGAGGCAAAGACACGAGGGGCGGUAUAUUCGCGAUCGAGAUAUUGGGCAACGACCUAUCCACCUCUGAGUCUUAUUGGGUUGCUCAGAGAGAAGAACAGAGAGCAGAGGUGAGCCUGAGCAAAAGGACAGAGGAGAGGAAGAGGCGAGGGAGAGGUUUUUGAGUACUAGGACCUUUCUUCCCAUUGCUCUGUUCAUCUUUCCCUUAGACCCUUCUGAACACCCAAACUCUGCGCGUAGUUUACUUGGCCUGCGCAUUGCUAUAUCAUACAGGUGAUCUAUUUGUAUACGUCGAUAACUCGUAUCCCAUAAC